AUGCCUAAAGUUUCUGCCCGAUUCCGGAAUCGGAAGAUUAACUUCAGGACUCGGAUCACCAUCCAUACCGGCCAUCUUGAUACUCCCUCUGAUCUGGAAGAAGAUGAUUAUACGUUUGAGGACGAUCGCCGGCAAUCCAUCGGCAGUCCUGCUAAAGAUCGCAGUCAUAUCGUCGAAACCGGGGUUGACAAGGAGGAGGAGUCCGAACUCCAUCUCCAGAAGGUCAUCAAUGCCUCAACCGCCGCACUCUUGCGCUCGGCAGUCAACCCACGCAAACCCGUCAGCCCCGGUGUCAUUGCCGAACUCGCUCACACCGCUGCCAACUCAACCCUUGCCGCACAGUCCUCUACCACUACCACCACCACCACCACCACCACUAAUAAUAAUAAUAACACCUCCGCCCCCAACGACUCAAACGUCCCCCACAUCCCCAUCCCAGAUGCUGCUGGCCUCGUCGACCCUGCCACGUAUGAGGCACUCUACGCACACUCCAAAAUAUUCUUGCCGAGUUCGUACAUCAGAUUCAGUGAUACGGUCGAAGACACUCUCGGCGGUGUCCUAUACACCAUGGACGAGGAAGACGAGGCCUGGCUCAAUCGUUUCAACUCGGAAAACGCGCCUGGCAUUGAGCACACCUCAACCCCAGAUGACAGCACCAAGAACCGGAAGACUAACUCGCGUAAGGGGAAAGAGAAAGAACGCGCUGGAGUCGAAAAUGACGGGCCGGGCCGUCUUGCCGAGGAUGAUUUUGAAGCGAUCAUGGAUCAUUUCGAGAAAACCACCGAAGAGACCGUCCCCGGCUUGCAUCUGGACACCAACCGUCUACCGUCUCUGGCGGACUUGGAGCCCUCUUUGGAAUCUCCGUUGAUUCCGCAGCGGCUAUCUUCCGUAAAGAUAUUCGCCAAGUUUGUAUAUUCCCAUUGGAAAGAGCGCCGGCUAAAGCGCGGCGGCAAACCAAUCAUGCCCGCUGUUGACUUUGACGAGACAAAUGAAAGCAAUCCUUACGUCUGUUUCCGCCGACGGGAAAUAAAGAUGGUUCGGAAGACGCGGCGAACAGAUACCCAAAACAUGGACCGUCUCGUGCGUCUCCGGAACGAUCUGUACAAAGCCCAAGAGCUUUUAAAUACAGUUCUUGCCCGGGAGCGCACGAAGAGGGAAGCUGUCGAGCUAGAGAAAGCCAUCUUUGAGGGCCGUUGCCUGAUCCGCGAAAUGAAACGCAGCCUGAAUGAAGCGGAUGGUGAUGAGGAGCUUCUAGUCAGUAAGAAGGAGAAGAGACGGAAGCGAGAGCAAUCCGGCAACGGCACACUUAAGAGUCCACUGCGAAAUGCGGCUGGGCUUAGCCUCUCGGGUCCCGCCUCAGCUGGUACCAGCGUGUGGGAAGAUGUACAAUUCUAUCGAGACCAAGCUAAAGCUUCAACCAAGCUCAUGGAGCGAGAUUACAACAGGUGUCGUGAAGAGCAGAAUGGAUGGGAAGAUCUGACGGAUUCCGCCCAUCUUCCUAUGCCACUCUCAGCUGCUGCGCUGAGGUGGCGUGGGGCCCUUCCCUCCGAUCCACAUCUUGCCUCCAAAUCGCAUCGGGAGGCUACAGUCAACUUUGAGCAAGGCCUUUCUACUGCCCCAUCGGUAAUGGAGCACAAUCAGUUCCGGAAGCGAGUGGGAAGAGGUGGACGUCUUUUUCUCGAUCGUAUCGCUGCUCCACGGCAGAGGAGAUGUACAAGAACCUGGUUAAAACCUGAGGUACCUAGUGAAUCCGAAGAUAAUGCUCGCCAUCGGAGAUUGACUGAUCGCUGGCGGUAUGAUGACGAUCUGCGUCAAGACUUCCCGGCGGCCGAUUAUCCGCAUGUCAUUGACGAUUAUAGCAUAACCUACUCGGCUAGGCGUAGUCAACUUCUAGACCAAGAAGAUCUUCAGUGUCUAGAUCCGCAGGGUGAAGUCUAUUUGACCAAGGUCGCUGAAUACUUUGAUCGAGCGCCCCAGCCGGAGCCACCAGUCGUCAAGCUUGGCAAGCUGCCAAGCAAAGUAGUCACCAAUCUAUACGGGGCCGGUCUAGGCUGUCCAACCUUCCCUUCCUCCGGGCCGGCGGUGACGAUGCCUGAGCAACUCUUGGCUGCCCACGCCUCCGCACAAGUCCCCAAUCUCAGACUGAACUCCGCGGGAAAGAGAGCCCCAUCCAACGGUGCCGGCUCGACCGUCAAUAGGACUCCUACGUCUGCUCAAGCUGCCAAUCGGACUCGAAAGAACCCGUCUGUCAAUGGAUCGCCAACGGCGAAUGCCAAUGUCAAGGCUCCUUCUCUUCAGGGCCAGCCCCCGAUUCAACAGAUGGUCUGGUAUUAG